AUGGAAGGCCUAACUGCUAGCGAGCAGCGCAUCUUCACCCUGGGCAUGCUUUGUGCCACAGAUGGUCUAACAAGCAUCAAGGUCGAUUACGACAAGUUGGCCAUCCAGGCUGGCCUCAAGAACGCCGCCUGUGCAUUGGUUCUGUUCAAUAAGUCGAAGCGCAAAAUCUUGCAGGGCAUCGCUGAAAACGCUUCCGGUGCCGCUGGCAACAAGACUCCAAACAAGAAGGCUGCGACUGGUGACAAAGUCACUAAACCCCCUAAAUCCCGCGCAAAGGGCAAGGCCACCACCAAUGAAGGAGACACUGAAGAAUCCAAUGUCGAUGCCGUCGACACCACACCCGUCAAGGCAGCCAAACCCAAAGGAGCUAGAGCCAACGGACGCGCAAAGGGUGCAGCUAAGGUGAAACGUGAUCCUGAGAACGAGAUCAUAUCCAUCAAACACGAGGCAGAAAUCAAAACCGAGCCUUUCACCGAGGACUUCGCAAAAGGUAUUAUUGACGGCACAUUCUAUCCUUGUACGGGUGAAAAGCUAAACAACCUUUGGGUGGCAGGUACCGGGCCUACCGCUUUUGGAACCCCCUUUGACUCUUCUGAACUAGAUGACAGCAUCUAG